UUUUCUUGCUUCACCAGCCUUUGCAUUUGCAGCUGCGUAUCGGUCAUCACGAUCUUAGCAUUAUCGCCGGCGAAUCAACUGCAUCGCCGUCUCCGGCGAAUCCUUCUUACUAUUCCAUCGACAUCCGAUCGGAAAAAGGUUGUUGGCAGAAAUUAUGAAUGGAGAGACACCUAAUUUCAAAAAAUGGAAUAUAUUGUAUCCUGUUUACAUAAACUCAAAGAAGACUAUUGCUGAAGGUAGAAGAAUUUGCGCAGCGAAAGCAUGUGAAAACCCUACCGCUGUAGAAAUCGGUGAUUGUUGCAGCCACCUGAAAGUUCCUUUUGCAAUUGAGCUUGAUAAGGCGUAUCCACGGGACUUCAUGCAAGUAGGACGAGUGAGGUUCAUGCUGAAAAAGUCCGAUGGGAGUUUAUACAAUCCAGCUAUCUCGUCCAAAAAACAGCUGAUGCUUUAUGUUGCUGAAUUGGUUCCAAGACAUCCUGGUAGGGUAAAGAAACAGGAACCUGUAUUGUCUACCUCAAAUGCUGGACCAUCUAAAUCAGGCAAAGGUGGCAGAAAGAAGAGAUAGAUUCUUAUAAUAACCCUCUUUUUCUUUUGAUUAUUGGUUCUAAUUCACACCAAAUAUCAGAUGUUUCAUGUGUUCCCUUUCAACAUACCUUAGAUUUUGGUCUGUUUUCAUCUCAUCGUUGUCCCACCCAUGAAAUUAAGACACGUGUUUUCUUUCUGAUAAUGUAUAUUCAGACGAUUGGACU